UGAUUGAAUAUUAUAGCAAUCUGUCUCUAUUGCAAGUAUUUUAUGAAGAAAAGUAAUGAUCUUUCAUGCUAAUGAAGUUCUAGAUUAAGGUUCCACAAAAAGUAUUCUGAAGGAUUUCAAAAUCUCAGCAACUGAAAUUUCAUGGAUAAUUUUUCACUUCUGAAAGUUGUAUUAUAUUUUACAUGCCUGGUAAUAAGAGAAUUUGCUUGUAAUAUCCAUGCCCAGAUGGUGGAUUGCCUGGAAUCUGAUAGAGAAGCUCUUCUUGAUUUCAGAAAUGGUCUUCUUGAUCCUGGAAACCGGCUCUCAUCAUGGCAAGGAACCAACUGCUGCCAAUGGCAUGGAAUAGUUUGUGAUGGCGACACAGGAGCUGUUAUUACAGUAGAUCUCCACAACCCACAUCCACCAAAGGUUGGUAAACUGGAUCUCGACUACCCACUUCCUUCUGAUUCUUCUGCAAGUGACAGGUAUGGAUUCUGGAACCUGAGUGGGGAGCUUAGACCUUCACUAGCAGCACUCAAGACCUUGAGACAUCUGGACUUGAGUUUCAACUCAUUCAGCGACAUCCCCAUUCCAAGUUUUUUUUACUCUUGGAAGAACUUGGAAUAUCUGAACCUAUCAAAUGCGGGGUUUCGAGGUGUAAUUCCUCCAAAUCUAGGGAAUCUCACAAGCUUGCAGUCUCUUGAUGUCACUAAUUAUGAUUUACAUGUUCUACGUGCUGAAAAUCUUGAUUGGGUGACAGGUCUUGUCUCCCUGAAAUAUUUGGCAAUGAGUGGAGUUAACUUAUCAAGGAUUGGAUCAAACUGGGUUGGGCAAUUGAACAAGCUUCCCCAUUUAACUGGGUUGCACUUAUAUGCUUGUCUCUUAUCUGGAACCAUUUCAUCUCCUAUCUCUGUUAACUUUACUUCACUUGCAGUCAUAGACCUCAGCUUUAACCCAUUCAACUCAAGGUUCCCUGUCUGGCUUGCCAACAUCAGCAGCCUGGUAUCCAUUGAUUUGAGCUUUAGCGGCUUGAAUGUUGGAAGAUUGCCACAUGUGUUUAGUGAAUUACCCAAUUUGCGAUUCCUGAGACUUGUGAAUACUUUCAAAAAAGCACGUUGUUCUGAAAUUUUGAGGGGAAGCUGGAAGAAGAUAGAAGUUCUCGAUUUGACAUUGAAUCGUUUAUACGGAGAACUCCCUGCCUCCCUUGGAAACAUGACAUCUCUUACUCAUCUCAGUCUUUAUUGGAAUAAUAUACAGGGAUGGAUUCCAAGUUCAAUUGGCAAACUUUGCAACCUGAAAUUUCUUUCCUUGAGGUUUAAUAACCUUACAGGAAAUAUACCUGAUUUCCAGGGAGAAUCAGUAAACUGCCCUUUUGAAAUUCCUUUCCCCAGCUUGCAGAUCUUAGUGCUGAGUUCAAACCAGUUGGUCGGUCAACUGCCAUAUUGGCUUGGUAGCCUUAAAAAUCUGGUUGUUCUUGAUCUGGAGUACAACUCACUUCAAGGUCCAAUCCCUGUUUUAGACAAUUUGAAAAAACUAGUUGUGCUCAAGCUUGCUGAAAAUGAACUGAAUGGUACUCUCCCUGAUAGUUUACAGCAACUUUCUGAGCUGUAUGAACUGGAUGUUUCAAACAAUCACUUGACAGGAAUAGUUUCUGAAUCACAUUUCUCAAAGCUAAGCAAAUUGAAAGACUUGGAUUUGUCUGGAAACUUUUUCAUUUUGAAUGUCACUUCCUUUUGGGUUCCUCCAUUUCUGUUGGAGUCUCUUUACAUUAGUUCAUGCCUUCUGAAUUCUUCAUUUCCUGUGUGGCUUAAAUCCCAAAGCAACAUCAUUUAUCUACAUUUCUCAAAUGUCAGUGUUUCAGGAAUUGUGCCAGAUUGGUUUUGGGUUAUGUCUGCUAAUCUAAAAGACUUGAAUGCUUCCUUCAACCAAUUACAAGGUAAAUUACCAAACCCAUCAAAAUUAUCUGCUGAUGUUAUGGAUUUGAGCUCCAACCUCUUUGAAGGGCACAUUCCUCUUCCUAGCUUCCCCAUAUCCUUACUUGAUCUUUCAAAUAAUCAAUUUUCUGGUCCUAUCCCAAAUAGGUUAGGCGAAAUCUUAGCAACAACAAGAUUCUUGUCUCUUUCAGGAAACCAACUCACUGGUGAGAUUCCAAUCUCUGUAGGAGAGAUGUUGUCAGCUGCAGUCAUUGAUCUUUCAAGAAACAAUUUAACAGGCAGCAUUCCAUCCAGUUUAGGAAAUUGCUCUUCUCUGGAAGUUCUAGAUCUUCAAAAAAACUUCUUGUCUGGCAAGGUUCCAGGAUCACUGAGUCAGCUAAAUAUGCUUCAAACACUUCACCUCAGCAGCAACAAAUUGUCAGGAGAAAUCCCAUCAUUUUUUCAUAAUUGGUCUAGUUUGGAAACUCUGGACCUUGGAGACAACAGGUUGACAGGAAAUAUUCCACCAUGGACAGGCAGUGUUUUCCCGAAUCUUAGAAUACUUAGCUUGAGAUCAAAUGCCUUGUCUGGAGAAAUUCCCUCAGAGCUUUCAGAUUUAAGCUCACUGCAAAUCCUUGACCUGGCAGAAAAUGAAUUGAAUGGAACUAUUCCAUCAAGCUUUGUCAAUCUCAGAGCAAUGGUUCAGAUUCAGCGGAUAAAUCAUUACCUAUUUUAUGGAAUGAGCUUCAGGCACUACUAUGAAGAAAGCUACAGUGCCAACAUAAAAAACCAGCAUCAAACAUUUAACAAGAUCCUCUCCAUUCUGACAAGUCUAGACCUUUCUGGAAACAAUUUGCAUGGACAGAUUCCUGAAGAACUGAUGAAACUUGCAGGUCUAGCUGUUUUGAACUUGUCAGGUAACCACUUAACUGGUGAAAUUCCUGAAAGCAUUUCAGAAUUGAACCAGUUGCUAUCUCUUGAUCUCUCAAGCAAUAAGCUCUCAGGUCCAAUCCCUCCCAGCAUUUCUUCAUUGUCCUAUUUGGGGUACUUGAACUUAUCAAACAAUAAUUUAUCUGGUGAAAUCCCUUUCCAAGGGCACAUAACAACUUUUGAUGCACCAUCUUUUGCUGGAAAUCCUGCUCUAUGUGGAGCUCCACUUGAUGUCAAUUGUACAGGCAAUGAGUUGGAUAAUGGAAGAAGGAGAGCUGAUGAGGAUGACAGUAACAAUGGCUUCAUUGACCAGUGGCUUUACUUGAGCAUUGGAUUGGGAUUUGCAGCAGGGGUUAUAGUACCCUUUCUUGUUUUGGCAAUCAGAAGAUCUUGGAGCCAUGCAUACUUCUUGCUUGUGGACAGAACCGUUGAAGAAAUAUUAUCUUUGGCAAGAAAAGUUGUCGUGCAUUGGAGGAACCAUCGCCGUUUCAGGGUUUAGUUUCUUAGUAAACCUUGGAUUACAAUAGUAUUGACAUUUAAUUGUAAUGGAAUAUGAAAAAGUUAUUUUGGUGUUCUUAUAAUUAAAAUGUAUGGAA